UAAAGCUUUAUUGACCGUGCUCUUUUUUUCUCAGUGAUAUACUUACAUAUGUAAAUCAUUUAAGUUCAAAAAAUAAAGGUUAAGUGGUAUUAAUUGGUUAAUAUGACAUCUGCAUAUUUGCUAUACAAAUAGGGAUUUGAGUGUGAUUUCCGUUUCCUGUUUCAAAUUUUAAAACAAACAGAAUAGUGUUUGGUCCUUAAGUACAUGUAUAUGUUUUUUUAUACAUACGGUAUUUAAUCAAAUGUUGGUUUUGCAGAUCUUUGUCAAAAUCAUAUAGCUAGUGGAUUAAACUACAACACAUCGAAAUGAACCGAACCGACGACAGUUUUUACAUGAACCUUACAAACACGACAGACUCUGGGUUCAGUGAGGAAAAACCACAAGCUAGUAUUGCACCUCCUAUUCUAUUUCUAAUUCUUGGAACGCUCGGAAAUGGACUGGUGCUGUUUCUUCUGUGUCGUUUUUCUGGAGAGCACAAAUGGCGUCCUUUUUACAGAUUUGUAUUGGCAUUAGCCAUAAAUGACUUUUUAGGGAUCGCUCUAGCAGCACCUUUCGGAAUCGCUCGAUACGCCUCGGACUUCACGUUUACUUUCUCCCACGGCCUCUGCGACUAUAUGGCUUUUAUUCAGAUGUUUGCUAUCUUGAACUCGGCAUGCAUCGUACUUUCAAUGUCUCUUGAUAGAUUUAUUGCAAUUGUUUUUCCAUUGAAAUACAGCGUGUCCGCCAAAGAACGGCGAACUCACUUGUUGUUGAUGUUUGGUGGCGCCAUAUCACUCCUUCUGUCGAUCGUUCCACAUUUGGCGGGAAGACACAGUCGCAGUUUUUAUCCGGGUUCUUGGUGCUUCGUAGAUUUUAUGUCUGACGCCUGGAUUGAUCGAGGCAUCUCCUUGGCUUACGCCUCCGCUGGCUUUAUAAUUCUUUGUUUGGUUGCCGUUCUAAAUAUUUCAGUGAUCGUUACUCUUGUACGUCAACAUUGCUUAACCGGAAACGGAAGGAAACAACAGAAAACAAUAAGCAAGAAGAGUAAACAGAUGAUAGCCUUUUUGUUUGCUAUUGUCGUUCUCUUUGCAGUGUGCUUUAUACCUUUGCUGAUCAAUGUGUUUGCUCGCCCAUUGCGCAUCCUUCAAGGAAUGGAGAGUUUUGAGGUAUUGGGUCUCCGCCUUGCCUACGUAAAUUCCGUUUUGAAUCCGUGGCUUUACAUCCUUCUCAGGAAAGAAACUGUUAUGUUUCUACAGAGAUUUCCUUGCAUGCGACAGUGUUGUCAAACCAAAGACCAAGAAAAUACCACCGAAUCGGUGUCACUUUAAAUUUGUUUAUUUUUAUGUUUUAU